GAGGAGGCUGCGGUGGUGGUCGCGGGUGAGGGAGGAGGACGGGAGUGGCUCUGAUCGCCGCUCGGCUCUUUCCGGCUUUGCUCGGCUCCGCUCGACCCUCCCCGGCUGCUUUCGGGCGGCUCAGCCCUCCGCCUUCCCAUGUCGGACGUGCUGGCCGCCGCCGCCGCCGCCGUGGGCACCCGCUUCGAACCCUCCGCGGCCAACGGCUUGGGAGGCGGCGGCGGCGACAGUUGCCCCGCUGGCGGGGCUGGAGACGACGAGAAGAAGCCGCGCCUCACGCCUCCGCUGCCGCCUUCCUCAGAGAAUGAAGAUUCAGAUCAAAGACCAGAAUCUACUUUCCAGGCAGCUGCCACAUCUGAAAAUGAUGCCUUGCAGUGCAGGCUGCAGAGUGGGUCACCUGUGAAUGCAGAGGCUACAAAGGAUUGUGGAAGUGCUGAUGAUAGUCUGAAAGAGCGAGAUGUAGAAGGAAAGGAAGAGAUCCUAACUGAUCAACAUCAGCACCCAAAAGAGGAGGAAGUAGUGCGGAUGACAAAGUAUCCUGCCCCACAAGGACCAGGUGAUAUAGUCAUGAUACAGUCUGAAUACACAGGAGCAGUAGAUGUCCUUACAGCAGAGCUGGAAACUACAGAUUUACUGGGUGAGCAGAAGAAAGCUCGUCCUCCACCCCUGAUUCCACCCGCUACUUGGACAAGCGCCAAGAUAAGGGAGUUCAAAACAAAGAUGACAAAGGAGAAGAAUGCCCGAAUGGUAGUGAAACGGGGUGAAGUGUUAACGGUCCGGGUGCCAACUCACCCUGAUGGGAAGCGUGUCUGCUGGGAGUUUGCCACAGAAGAUUAUGACAUUGGCUUUGGGGUCUAUUUUGAUUGGACUUCUGUUACUAGCACUGCAAUUACUGUGCAAGUUAGUGAAUCAAGUGAUGAAGAAGAUGAAGAAGAAGAGUUUGAAGGACCUAUUCCAGUAGGUGAUGUGGAAAGAGGCUCCAGAAGCUAUUUGCGAAACCGUUAUGGGGAGAUCAUGCCUGUCUACCGAAGGGAUAGCCACCGGGAAGUGCAAGUAGGCAGCCACGAUUAUCCAGGCGAGGGCAUCUACUUGCUCAAAUUUGACAAUUCUUACUCACUCCUACGCAACAAGAUUCUCUUCUUCCAUGUCUAUUAUACCAGCUAGAGCAGUUAAUGAGAUUUGGAGUGGGCGGGCCAUAAGACACCAAAGCAAGCUGCCUGUCAUGACUAGUAUCUCCUAUCAGGCACACACUUGAUGGCUGAAUCUCUAUGCUUAUGUAUGGAUUACUUCCUUCAACUCUUCCUCACUGUUAAAGUGAUGCACGUGGUUAUUGGCAGCUCGUUUGUUUUAUGCAGACACCAAUCUGAGAGCUUAGCUAUAGAAAGCAAAUCACUGGACCAGGUUCAGGUGUCUGCUUUUACUUUCUAUUGCACUUACAUGAACUGAAGUUGAAAUAUGCCUUUUGGGGUAAAUAUAUUCUUACCUUCUAGUCGGCUAUCUCAAAUAAUCACUGGGAUCAGCUGCCAAAGCAGCCUGUAGAAACUGCAUUGUUACUAUGCUGCAGUGCACUGCCAUUUGCUUGGUCUCUGGGAAGCUUCUGAAAUGGCACAUAUGUAUGCCAUCCAGCCCAUUGCCAGCCUGUCUUCUCUCUUCUAGUUCCGUGCAAAUGUAGCUAGUUUAUUGUAAGGCAAAAUUGGUGUGUAUUUGCUGGUAUAGAUACCUGGAUUUCACAGCUUGUCUGAAGUAAUUUUAAGUUACAUGUAUUUUUUCUCAGAAAGGGCACAAAAUGGAAGAAGGAAGCAUAAACCAAAUAAUUCUAGUCAAGCAAUUCACCAAACAAAGAUUCUUCCUCCGCCAGACCUUUUGGGGCUAAUGUUAUGUUCGUUGGUUGACUGUUUGCCUGAGUUCAGUGUAGCUUAAGACAGGGGUGUCAAACCCAAAAUGGGCUGGUGUGUCAACAAGUGGAUGCAUU